CAGGCUACGGCCACGCGGCGCCCAGCACGGAUGGCGGGAAGGUGUUCUGCAUGUUCUACGCGCUGUUGGGCAUCCCGCUGACGCUCGUCAUGUUCCAGAGCCUAGGCGAGCGCAUCAACACCUUCGUGAAGUACCUGCUGCACCGCACCAAGAAGGGGCUGGGCAUGAGGCGCGCCGACGUGUCCAUGGCCAACAUGGUGCUCAUCGGCUUCUUCUCGUGCAUCAGCACGCUGUGCAUCGGCGCGGCCGCCUUCUCCUACUACGAGCACUGGACCUUCUUCCAGGCCUACUACUACUGCUUCAUCACGCUCACCACCAUCGGCUUCGGCGACUACGUGGCGCUGCAGAAGGACCAGGCGCUGCAGACGCAGCCGCAGUACGUGGCCUUCAGCUUCGUCUACAUCCUCACGGGCCUCACGGUCAUCGGCGCCUUCCUCAACCUCGUGGUGCUGCGCUUCAUGACCAUGAACGCCGAGGACGAGAAGCGCGACGCCGAGCACCGCGCGCUGCUCACGCGCAACGGGCAGGGCGGCUUCCGCAACGUGUACGCGGAGGUGCUGCACUUCCAGUCCAUGUGCUCGUGCCUGUGGUACAAGAGCCGCGAGAAGCUGCAGUACUCCAUCCCCAUGAUCAUCCCGCGGGACCUCUCCACGUCCGACACGUGCGUGGAGCAGAGCCACUCGUCGCCGGGUGGGGGCGGCCGCUACAGCGACACCCCCUCGCACCGCUGCCUCUGCAGCGCCGCGCCGCGCUCUGCCAUCAGCUCCGUGUCCACGGGCCUGCACAGUCUGUCCACCUUCCGCGGCCUCAUGAAGCGCCGGAGCUCCGUGUGACCCACCGUCCCCCACCCCCACCCUGGGCCUGGCGCACGGGGAGCAUCGCCGGGUCGCGCUGGGACACCCCCCACCCACCCCACCCCCGGGACUCCUGCCCUCCUCAGAGAGGCCUGCCCCGCAGCCUUGGGCCCCAAGGAGCGGGCCCUGACCACCACCACCCUUAUCUCCAACUGUGCCUGCUAGCACCAGCCGGCAGGAACCUGGGCUCUGAGGGACCCCUGAGCCCCCAUCCCCACGCUGCAAAUUCUGAGAAAUGUGAAACUUUGGGGGUCAGGGGCCAGGAAGGCAGAAACUGGGAGGCUCCCCUAACGCUUGGAAAAUCUAAGGGGAUCCCCAGUCCUCAGAGGCCCUGCUGGUCCCCAGACACCCCAACCUCCGGAGGAGGGCUUCAUGUUCUGUGUACAUUUGCAUCUCUAUUUAUAACUCUAUCCUGCCAGGUCUCCCACCUCCCCUUAGCCCUCCAAGCCAGGGGGUCUUUGUCCAGGUCAACCCCUCCAUCCCACAUCCCCUCCCCAUAACCCAGCUGUUGUCUCUUAGCCUCCCACUCCCUUCUGUGUUCAUUUUGCAUGGCUUUGCAGUGUAGAAACCUAUCAGUGCUUGAAGCUAGUCCCCGGAGGGCAGGACACACUCGGAAGGACAGACGGGCGCUGGAAGAGCAGAGGAGGCAGUGGCUUCCCAGGCUGCAGGGUGGCCCAAGUUGUGAGAGGUUAACUGACCUCCAGUUAACAGGCUCAUGAGGGAGGGGUGGGGUGGGCCAACCUUGAGGACCCUGCCCUCAGAGUCUAGAACAGAAAACCCCAGACUUACCCAUUAGGGCCACUGCUAAGAGCCCCCAUCUCCUACAAGCAGUGAUUGAGCCUCUGAAAACCCUCUCCUGGCUACACGUCCCUUUGAUUCUUAUGAGCCCCCACCCCCCUGUUAGGCUAACAGAGGAAUCAGUCUCAUUCCCAUGCUACAGAUGAGAACCCUGAAGCCCAGACGGGCGGAGGCAUUUGUCCAAGGUGACGGAAGGCAAUGGAGAGCAAAAGUCCAGGCUGCAUCUUCCCAGUCUAAGUGCUCUUGCGAGCACAGCUCCUGCCAUGCCUACCACUGGGCAGUGGGUAGGCAAUCAAGUCUUAAGCCAGAACCAGAGGCCCAAGAUCAGGGGUCCUGCCUGCUCUAUUCUUGGCCCCGAAUGAAUCCCUAAGGCAAGACAGGCCCUUGUCUCUCAGAAGAAAGGUCAAGAUUUAGGGCUCCAGGAGUCUGGGAAUUGGGCUAAAGCAGCCAAGAGAGCUAACAGGCAUAUCCUGUUAUUGAGUCACCUCAACUCUAAGGGACCACAUGUGACACAGUAGAACAAAGGUAUUCUUGGCUGUACUCUUUAUAAAAGCAGAUCACAGACCUCUCCCCCCAAGAGUCCCAGGGGUGGUGGGGGCGGGGGGCAGGAUUCGAUGCCCUGUUGUUUGUCAUUGUAAGGUGCCAUCAAGUCAGUUCUGACUCAUCGUGACAGUAGAACCAAGCACUGCCCAGUCCUGCACCAUUCUCACACUCGUUGAUACGUUUGAGCCUAUUGUUGUGGCCGCCCUGUCCAUCCAUCCUCCUGGGGCUUUAUCCCUGGCCCCACAACCAUCGUUGGUGCCUGUGUCCCAAGAACCUAGAGAGCUAACCUGCUGCGGCAGCAAAGAGCACCUCCUCCCUGGUGGGGGCCUUGGACCUAGUGUGCCCACAGUCCGAACCACCUACAAAGCCGAAAUCCCAGGGAGAGACACGACACCCUAAGCUCCAUGGUCAGGACCCAUCCUGCGCUGGCACAGUGACUCAGGAUAGCACCCAGAGGGAGUGGGCGGGGGGCCUCUCCUCCCAUCACCCUGUCUUCCCACGCUGUCCAUGUCAGCUCCUCAGCACUGUCCAGCAAGGGGAAGGAGCUCUGGGGUCCACGGGGUGGCCAGUCUCAAGCUCCGCCCAGUCAUGGCCCCUGGCCGCUGGCAGCCCAGAGGAAAAAAAGGUCUGGCCGACCUGUGUGGGUGUCCAGUCGCAGUGUGGGGCAGCAGACUCACCAAGGGCUCCAGGAAAGUGGGGCUCAGGGGGUGGGAUGCCCUGUCUAUGUAUGUUGUAGGGAGGGCCAUGAUAACUGCUCCUGUCCUCUGUGUGACCCUGCCCUCGAGGGAUCCUGUCCAGCCAGUCCCGAGGGAGCCACAACCAAAGUCGCCAUGGGAGAGGUGAGGAGGGAGAGGGGACGGGCCUGCGAGUGUCGCCCGCUGCUCUUUCUCAGGCUGGCUCUUUCCUAAGGAACCAGAAGGCAAUGCCGCUUCCCCUCCUCCCUCCCCUCCCCCUGCAGGCAGCCUUUCUGCUUCCCCAAUGCCUUAUGCCUGGGCACACUGCCACAAAAUAUGCAAUAUGUGGGGGUGACGAGCCCCCACCCCCACACUCACACCCUGGGCAGCCCCCGGAUUCCAAGGGCUGUGGCUGCCACAGCUCCCCCUGCCUAUCUGUCUUCACACUGAGAACGUCGCCUAAUAAAUACUGUCCAUGGAGACCAGG